AUGGAAAUCGAGAGGAUCCGCGCCAAGACAAACACGCCCACUUCACCCAAUGGGCAACUGUACGGCGAUCAGGUGUUACACCAUCAGCACCUGCAGACACCGAGAAUUGAUUUUCCCUCUAAUACCAGCUCAUAUCCGCCCUCCGGCCGACUUGGCCAAAUGAAGACCGAACAGCAGAAUCACGAAAUCCACUUGACGGCUCAGGAAGGUGGUAGCAGACAGACUGCAAGGUUGCAAAACAUUAUACCCAACCGCAUGUCAGCUUUCUCACUCCACUCGCAAAACGUUGCAUGGGCCGGCUUCGCUUUCCCCUCUGCUGAGCUUAAGACUGAACAGACGAAACCAGUGCCUAUGGAGGCUGAAGAUUACAUGCACUGUGAUAAGGAAGCCCAGCCUGCACGUCAAGGCCAACCAUCAGCACACUUUUCGGACCCGAAUUCCAGCCAGGGGGUAAAGCUUGAGGCUCAGGCCGCAGCACUGGGAUUAAAUCCCCUCCAGUCUCAAUGCAUCGACAAAUUCGCCAAUAGAUUACGUGAAGGCUAUGACACCGAAAAACAUCAGUGUCCAGGUGAUGAGGACAUAGGCAUUAUUGGCCGAGCCAAUUAUAAUGGAGACAAGAAGUCCGCCGACAGUGAAAGAGCCAGCAGAAUGAGUAAUUUGUCACUCGCAAAAUUUGCAAAACUCGCCGAACUGGCCAAAGGCAUGCCACCCUACCAGAGGACGCAAGAAUUUCCCGGUGAUUUCCUGUCCCAACGAGACGGGCAUGCAGGAUACAUCUACGGAGAGGAGGCUCCGACGCGUUGCGACCCGGUUGGUUUCGGGGCUAACUGUCAACGACCAGUGACGAGCAGCUGCCAUCAUGAUAGUCGCCACCGGAUCGACCUGGAGACAGGAGAGGGAUUUACAGUCGGCGGUGCAGCAACCGGUGAAGGCGAAAGAGUGGAGGGCGACGAGACUCGAUCGGAAGUCUCUGUGGGAGUAAAUUACUUGUCACCACCGCGGUCCCUUCUAGGACGCUAUGAAGUCACAUUCGGCUUGCGGUUGAGAACUGGCUCCGAUGCAAGUGACUCCGCUCCUCGUUAUCGACAGCCGGAGGCACCAACUGACUCGGGUCAAUCCAGCAGUGAGGAGUUUAUUGCCAACUCUGACAAGAUGGUCGAAGAAGUGGAGGCGAGAUUUGGGAGAUCUGGCACCUACCUUGAUUCAACUUCAGAUAGGCGAGGGAGCAGCCCAAUUAACAAUUACGAACAAGAGGCUGUAAGUUAAUUGCAUGCAUUAGAGCACACUUUGCUACCUACUUGUGUGUAUGAUAUGGCAGUAAUCCGAACAGCACGUCGUUUUCAAGAUUUCCAGCCUGAUCCGCCUGGCUAAGAGGGUCGACUCCGCGAGCGACUCAGGCACAGCCGAAGGGAUAGCCCGUCUGGAAAUGAACGCACCGACUUCAGUUGGUAUACAAGAAACGGGCAGUUCGGCGCUCUACAUGACACGGCCAAGUAGCGAACCCUCGGAACGGCGUCUGCUGGAGCGGAUAAAAAGCGAGGCGACGGACGGAAGCGAAUCGCAGACCUGUGGAGGUCGAUCUCGCGGUUUGUCGGACAGCUCUCCGGAGGAGGGGAACAAAUUCUUGCAAAACUACAGAGAUCUGGUGGCUAGUGCCGUCGCGGUGGUCGGUCAUGAUGCGGACCCGACUCCGGGGUCAGACCAUCCAACAGACAAAGGUGAGAACAAAGUAUGCCCUAUAAAUGAGCGGAUUUGGCUUACACCAGGCGAAGGCAAUUGAAGUAAAUGCUUUGGGUCCUAAACACUAAGCCAAAUUAAAAAUGAUUACAUUUUGUUUCUAACAGAAGAGAUUUGUGAAGGGGACGAACGACGUCGCGAGGAGGUGAGCGAGUCGCGAGAGACAGGCGAGCGAGAUCCGUCGGCACAGAUGUCUUCGGACUACGGGGCAGCCAGAACGGUAUUUUCCGGUUCCUUUUCGCCCGGUGUUUAUCCAAGCGCGGCUGCAACUGACUUUUCGGUAAAAUUCACGGCCACGAACCCACAACCUUCCCAGAUCGCUUUGCCGCAGAACGGUGGCUACUCAUCAGCGGCAUCGACACCGUGCUACUCGUUCACUAGUCAGAUGCCCCUGAAGGUGUUUACAGAACAAGUGGUUCAGGCAGCAAGCAAUCUUCACGACUGCCGAAGAAGGGUAUGGCGUGAAAUUUAUCUACUGGAAUCUGCCUGGGACACCACCACCACCACCACCACCACCACCACCACCACCACCACCACCACCAGCAACAGCGCGGACAAAGUAUUUAAAAAUCAAUGUUUUCCUGAAAACACAUUACUAAUUAGGGUGUUUUUUUGGACACCAAGGUCACGACAAAUUUUCUCCUGGAACCAGAGCUCUCCGCAUCGGUCGUGUGGGCUUACAUGAUGGCCCAGUUCGAGGCGCACGCACAUCAGGUCAUUCGGUUUGCGCGCGCCAUUCCAGGUUUUCGAGAUCUUCCUCGUUCAGACACCAAAGUCCUGGUGCAAGAGAGUAUGUACCCAAUAGUCCUCAUCCAAAUGUCACGUGACUUCAAUGCCACUUCCAUGGAGUACAAUUUCUUCAACUUCACGCCCCGAGAACGCAGGUAUAUUCUCACCGAAUUUCCUAUCAUGAGGAAGGUUGCUGCCCAAUUGCGUGACGCUGGAACCUUCCUCAGGCCAAAGAAUAUGGAUGAAAACGAGAUUGCCCUCCUCUGUUGCAUCGUCUUCUUGCAGCACUGUAAGCUACCUCGCUGUUGCGCCUAAAGUAGUACUUCACCUCUUCCUGGUUUCGAGUGUUUUGUAAUUUAGUCGGUCCCCCGGCCUGUUGGCGUCGGCGGAUUAGUCUGCUUAAGUUAAGUUUGGACUCGUUUUCCCUUAAGCUUUCGACCGUAAUAGUUACCGUAGGUGGCGUAACUCGUGAGACGAACGAAAAUUUUCGAAAAAGUGUCUAGCCAGUCAGGAACUGAUUUGACCGAAAAUCGACCAAAACUAAAAGAACUUCAGUUAACUGGCAACGUGGAAGCAUUGAGGGUGGCACUACCUUGGUUAGAACCGACAACCUUCUUAAGCAUUUUGAAAAUACCGAAAGCGCAAAUACUCAUGUCGAAUGAGUAAAUUCGAUUCACAAAAAUACAUAAGACCCGUCCAUACAAGUAGCCGAGCAAAUAUAACUACUCGCAAAAUAAAAUCAAAAAACACCUGGGCCACUUUUGGUUUAAAUAUCCCCCAAGGAUUGGCUCAGCUACAGUAUAGCUGCUAGCCAACACUUGGCUCACGAUUAUAGGUUUAAAAGUAAUGUUACGAGUAUUCAAUGUAAUUCGUCGAUUUUUGCAUUGCUCGAGAUGCGGUUGGUUGAGAUAAAGAGGAUUUCGCUUGAGUUCACGGAUGGGGACGUCAUAAAAACAACAGCUUUUGAAGGAUCGUGUGUUGAGAGGCCGGUCAUAAACAUUCCAUACCACUUCAUCCCAUGAACAUGUCAUUUUCUGUGUAUCAGGUACUGCGUGCUUUCUGGCGACAACAGAAUCUGCCAAGUCUCAGGGUGUCCUUAAAAUAUCGACGGAUACUUUGCAGUUUUCUGUGUUCUCCACGGACUGCCCAGGAAGAUAGGUUCUGUAGUUUUUGUUUGUCGAAACCUUUGAAAUAGGACAAUUCUUGACGAUUUUUACGUAGGAAGUGGGUUCUUCGGCGUUCUUUUUUAUCCAACUGGUGGCUUGAGUCCUACUCAUGGUUUCACAUAAAUACUGAAUUCAAUCGUCAAAGAAAGUGGAAUUAUACGACGGAGGCCUGCGACUGAUAGGCUCUUGAUCAACUGAGAAACCUUAGCUAAUAAGUCAUCUUUUUAAAAAAGUGGUUUACCAGGGUAUUUCUCUGGCAAUGAUCCGUGUUCUUCAUCUUUUUCCCAAGCGACUUUUCCCGUUUACGCACUUCUCUGGCAAAUUGGUUUUUCUUUCACAAACGACCAAACUAUCUUUCCCUUUUAUAAUAGAAUCAUUUUCGUUAUUUUUGCUUACUAUAGGGUUCAGCCCGCGAUUAUAGAUUCACCAAAGAGUGGUCAAAAUACUAAAAAAAAUGUUUAGACUGUUAAUGAUGUGUACGUCCCAAAUGAUGUGUUAGUUAAAGGUAGGUCGCACAAUAAGUACCCUGCCGUAUGCUCAGAAGUUAAGAUGGCCGCUCGACGGCGGGCCUUCCUACAGUUACCCGUGAAAUAUUUGCACAUGCCAGGAGACUACGGGGUGCGUUAAAACAAAGGAUUGCCCAUGGGCGUUGUUCCUGCUUGUCAGAGCAUAAAAUCACACGGAUUUGCAGGUCGCAAUUUUUAAAGAACAGCUUUCCGUUUUUUAAGUCAACCUAUUACUUCACAUCCUGCUUCACUUGAUUUCCGCGAAAUAAAAAUAGCUUUCAAGUUUGGUGAAAAUUGUUUUGAUACAUUUUUUUGUUAGAUUACUAUCCACUAGUAGAAGAACACGCAAUGAUGCACAUAUUUCGUCAUAGGACAAUUCUCAGUAUAAGAAAUCCCCUGAGCAUAGAGUAACGUUAUUUUCGGCUCAAAUUUUCAAAUUGUUUACUCGAUGAACCUUUUUGGUAAUGCAUUUUGCAUGAGCAAAGGACUUUUUCGAAACCAGUUAGACUAAUGAGUAAGGUAGGCAACGUUUGAAGGACCUCAAAAUGAUUACCCAGAUCGGGGUCACCACGUCUUGCGAAUCACGUCACCUGCUGUAUAUUUAGGCGGAUGCAUUGACUAAAUCGAUGAUCGGUGUGUAAAUCGUCAAGCAGACCAACUUUGAGAGAUACACCUCAGAUUCACUCUUUUUACGAAGCUCGAGGGUUUGGUGGCAUCGUUCAUUCCCCUAGCAGCGAGCUAAUGUUGUAAUCCGAAAGCUCUUGCCUACUGUCAAGUAAAAGCAAGUGAAGUCUUUUUACCUAGUAAGAUGUAACUAAUCGGCUUACAUAUGCAUUCUUUUGCAGUCAACAGAAAUCUCAUAGAAAGCGAUCGGAUCUACGAGAUGCGUGCUCAUGCUGUUUCUGCUCUACGAACCUAUAUUACAGGUAAAAUUAACUCACACCUCUAAGAUGAAUUUCAAACAAUAUGCCAUUCUUAAAUUAACUGAUCCUCGUGUCCGACCGCGUGUGAUUGAGCGACUGCCAAAAUUAGUGCGCUUUCAGAUUUUGUUUAGUACAGCGAAUUCCGGUUAGUUGGACCAUGUUCGACCUAAGCGGUUUGCUCCAAGUAAUCUACUAUCCCAACUGUUUGAAGUGCGAUCGGACGGACAAACGUUUGGGUACAUAACCACGUCUGAUCAACGUUUGCUUGGGGCAAACCAGUGAAGGCCAUUUUAUCAGUCAGCACCAGAGCUGCUCAUAUUUCUCCCUAGACAAGCGCUCCCUGCUUUGUUAGUAUACAAGCUGGCACUGCAAAGCGACUGGACAUUCGCUAGCUCUCUUGACUGACCGAUUUGCGUGACCUUGAGAGGUGCGUAGCCACUCAGACCUGUCUUUCUUAAGCAGAGUGGUAGGGCCUCAUUGGUGAAGUAAAUUCGGAGUAUGUAUACGGAUUGUUGCUGUUUACCAACAUUUGCUUUGAGUAGGUGGCCAGCCCGACUAGUUGGAAUAUAAGAUAUUUUUUUCAUUGAUACACCCAGGCGCCAACAGUUCUUACUAUUUUCACUUUGUUUCUGUGCUGUGUAGUCCAGUACUCCACCGAGGAGCGCUUCUACAGUCUAAUGGAAGUUUUGCCCAUUCUGACGAACAUGAACUCUUCUCACCGGGGCAUUGUGAAGGAGCUAAUGCAAACUCGACAAGACCUUCACUUUCCAGACCUCUACAUACAAAUGUUUAGAUUAGACGACAGUACCGAGCUGGAGGCCAAUAACCGGUCCGAGGGGCCAGCAGUUCUUGCACCCGGCACAACCCUAUCUUCCGGUGAGGCUGAAAUGAUCGGGUCUGGUAACUGA